UGUCAAUUUCCUAGACUUUACUGUCGGCCGCUGCGACAAUCGCCGUUAACAAUGGCGGCAACUCACUUUACAAUGAGGUCCCUUCUUGGCCUUCUAUUUCUUCUUUUUGUUCAACUCUCUUCCGCUCUCAAGUUUGACCUGUCUGCCGUCAGUGGAAAGAAUGAACGGUGUAUCCGCAACUUCGUCUUCAAGGACCAGCUGGUUGUAGUCACUGCCAUUGUCAGCGGCAACAAGGGUGACGGACAAGUGGUCAACAUGCACAUCAAGGAUGCCCUGGGCAAUGAGCACGGUCGUCCCAAGGACAUUGCCGGAGAGACUCGCCAGGCCUUCACUGCCCCUGCCGACACUGCCUUUGAUGUUUGCUUCGACAACCAGUUGACCACCCGCCACGCUAUUCCCAACCCCUACAAGUCGAUCGAGCUCGACGUCGAGAUCGGUGCCGACGCCCGCGACUGGUCCAGCAUCCAGGUUCAGGAGAAGCUCAAGCCCGUCGAGACCGACCUCCGUCGCAUCGAGGAGAUGGUCGCGGAGAUCGUUAGCGAGAUGGAAUACCUGCGCGCCCGUGAGCAGAAGCUGCGCGACACCAACGAGAGCACGAACGAGCGUGUCAAGUGGUUCGCUUUCGGCACUAUGGGCAUGUUGGUUGGAUUGGGCGCUUGGCAGGUGGUCUAUCUGCGGGCCUACUUCAGCGCCGUGAAGGAUCGCGCGCCCUCGACCGCGCCCCAGCACCGAGAGAACCAGAUCAACAAGCCCCACAACCCCAAUGUCCCCAACACGACCUCUACGAUGACCAAGGACUUCCCCAAGGUGGGCGCCAAGUCCGCGCCUCCAGACCUCGUGGGCGCCGUCGACCCGAACUACAAGCCGGCGGACCCGUACCCCGGCAAGGUCGAGCAUUUCACCGGAGGGCGCGAGGAGACCGGGGCCCAGAAGCCGGAGCUGGGUGUCGGCGAGAUGGAGGGUAUCACCUUCCGGGUUGAGCCUCUCCGCCGAUCGGGCGAGGAUGUAACGACCAUGCGCGCUCGGUUGUUGUAUCAGAGCCGAAAGCGCGGCAUCCUCGAGUCCGACCUGCUGCUGUCGACCUUCGCCGACGUCUACCUGGGCAAGAUGGACCAGGCGCAGCUGCAGGAAUACGACCGCUUCCUCGACGAGAACGACUGGGAUAUCUACUACUGGGCUACGCAGGAUCCCCCGGCCGAUGGCGGGGAGCAGUCCCCUUCGUCCACGGCCCAGGGGGCCCAGGAUACUGUCACCGAGACCUGGAAGCAGACUGGAGCCAAGAGCGGCGAGUGGGCGCAGACCGUGGGCGCCUACAAGGCUGCCUACCGGCCCGUGCCGUCGCGGUGGAAGGAGUCGAAGGUGCUGGAGUUGCUCCGGGCGCAUGUGCGCGAUAACAGUGCCACGGGCUUCCAUGCGGCCAAGAGUAAGAAGACCGGGGGUGCUGGGUUGGGAAGGAUGCCGAAUGUGCAGUUAGGGCUCAGGCGGGCACGCUGUCUCCUCCAUCCUCGAAACAGUUGCUGUGUGCAUUUUUACUUCCCAGCCCAGAGUCAAGGACAAUUGCUCCGCCCGCGUUCAUCCCUCUCUCCUCAUCGUCACCCAGACUCCAACAUGGCUGAGCAACUGGUCCUCCGCGGCACCCUCGAGGGUCACAAUGGCUGGGUUACCUCCCUUGCCACCUCUCUGGAGAACCCCAACAUGCUGCUCUCCGCCAGUCGCGACAAGACCUUGAUCAUCUGGAACCUUACUCGCGAUGAGCAGGCCUACGGUUACCCCAAGCGCAGCCUUGAGGGCCACUCUCACAUCGUCUCUGACUGUGUGAUCUCCUCCGACGGUGCCUACGCUCUGUCCUCCUCCUGGGACAAGACCCUCCGCCUGUGGGAGCUCUCCACCGGUGAGACCACCCGCAAGUUCGUCGGCCACACCAACGACGUUCUCUCCGUCUCCUUCUCUGCCGACAACCGCCAGAUUGUCUCCGCUUCCCGUGACCGCUCCAUCAAGCUCUGGAACACCCUCGGUGACUGCAAGUUCACCAUCACCGACAAGGGUCACUCCGAGUGGGUCUCCUGCGUUCGCUUCAGCCCCAACCCCCAGAACCCCGUCAUUGUCUCCGCCGGUUGGGACAAGCUCGUCAAGGUUUGGGAGCUCGCUUCCUGCCGUCUCCAGACCGACCACAUCGGUCACACCGGUUACAUCAACACCGUUACCAUCUCCCCCGAUGGAUCCCUCUGCGCCUCCGGUGGCAAGGACGGUACCACCAUGCUCUGGGAUCUCAACGAGUCCAAGCACCUCUACUCCCUCCAGGCCGGUGACGAGAUCCACGCCCUCGUCUUCUCCCCCAACCGCUACUGGCUGUGCGCUGCUACCGCCAGCAGCAUCACCAUCUUCGACCUUGAGAAGAAGAGCAAGGUUGAUGAGCUCAAGCCCGAGUUCAUCGAGAAGGGCAAGAAGAGCCGCGAGCCCGAGUGCAUCAGCUUGGCCUGGAGCGCUGAUGGCCAGACUCUGUUCGCUGGUUACACUGACAACAAGAUCCGUGCCUGGGGUGUCAUGUCGCGGGCAUAAAUAUGCUCCAACCCAACCCUUAAAGCUUAAUUAGGAUUUUGGUCGGGGCGGAAAAGUGUGCGAGGAGAGAGAGAGACAAUAUCAACUUGAACUCAUGUUUGUUAUUUUUUUUUCUUUUUUUUUCCCAAGAUCAAAAAUAAAAAGGGCAGGCAUUGGUUUGGGAUGUAUGAGCCAUGAGCAAAUGAUAAAAAAAGCACUCUGGGUUUUUCUUCCGCCUGGUGUUUCUAACUCACACCCAAAACUCACCCUAUCCCCACCGCCUUCCCCCCAAUUUCCCCCCUCUAUACCCACCCUGUUCAUUCGGGCUUCUUUCCCCCGGGUUAUCGUUUGUCUCUCUUCACCAUGUCUAGCUCCUACUCGAUUCGUGGUCUUGAAACACGACGGAUUGCCAGGGAGAUCCUUGUGAACGAUGAGAGGUGGAUUGUUCGAAUACCAUUCAAAAGAUGUUAAAAAAC